UUCAGUGUGCAGCGUCUCUGGUCGAGGCUGCCGCACGACUCGGUCGGGGCUUGGUCCCCCGGUUCGCCGAUUGAGGGCAGCUCGCGCACCUAAACUCCGAUUCUCUCUCUCCGCAAUCGUUGCCUUUCACCGAGCACUACCGCACACGCACACUCCCUCCUCGAGCCUUCCGGUCCGCACUCAGACCUCGAGCCACCCGCUUUCCACUGUCAAAGCUUCCACUUCCGCCAACGAGCUCGACUGCGCAGCCCCGCGCCCUGCUGGAUCUGAGGCCUGCUGAAGGCCGCCGCCCCCGCCGCCAUGGCAGGGCAACAAUACGUCUUCGCCGAAGCCAUCGUCGGCAUGAAGAAGGCAGUCGCGCGAUACGGCGAUGAGUCCGAAGACGACGACACCGAAAUCACAUACUCAGUUCAACAUAAGCUGAAGCGCAAGCUGCCGCGAGGCCAGUCUAUCCUGAAUAAUGGGCGCUCUGUGUAUAAAAAGCCAAAAGUCGAGCAUGCCGGGUACCAGCGGCGUAUCGUAGCUCGCAAUCCACCUCGAAUCGACGAAGACGGCGACGAAAUCGAGGGCUAUGACAGCGAUGAGUCUUUGGAAGGCUCUGUCGCCGAAGACAAUCCCUAUGGAGAGAUCCACCUUGAAGAGCUGUUGGCACCUCUGACCUCUGCCGCCGAUCUGCACACUCAUCCAUCCAUGUCCAUACCAUAUUAUUCCACCCAUCUGACAGAACUUGCGAUCAACGCCCGCGACAGUUUGCAAAGGGAGGAGAAGAAUCUUUGGCGUGCCAAAGGGAUCAUGAAGAAGUUAUUAGGGGAUGACAAUUGGUUUCCGGUUGGUAUGUUGGAGACAGACUGGGAUCGCCAAGUACUCGAAACUCCGGUUGCGCCGGGCGCUGGAAAUUCCGCGGGCUCCCUCGACGCCUUAAGCUGGGAACAAACUUCGAAUCCUGUGCUCGCUCCGGAUGAGACACACAUAGAAACUCCGCGACCUGCGUCCGGCCAGGCGGAGAAUACCGCGCAGCAACAAGAUGAAGACACUCGGAUGGAGGACAGCACGACCACUGAAGAGGUCCAUGCGACAAACGGCAUCAAGGAGACCGUAGAAGCAGGAGCAUCAGAAGAGGAGCCACGCCAGGAUGGGUUGCUUGUGCAAGACGACGUGGGUGACCAAAACAAGCAGGAAAAUGGCGCACCAAGACCGGCACCCGAAGCGACGGACAAUCAACCGGUGAAUGGCGAGAUACCGAACCCGGAUGGACAAAACCAAGGGGCUCAGGAUCCUGAGGACCCCAUGCAGGUCGACACGGAGAACGGCACGACCGAUGGUGCUGGUCAGGAGCCACGCUCCCGCCGCUCUUCAGACGCCGACGAGACCAGCAGCCAGCCGACCUCGCGCCGCAUGACGACGCGCGCGCAAGCGAAUGCUGCCCACUCGCAUACAUCCUCUGCUCCCCACUCUCCUCACACCUUCUCGCCCUCGUCACCAUCCGCCCAGCCGAUACACCCCCUUUUCGGUUUCCCGCUCGAAGUGCUCGCAGACCGCGACAUGGGAUUGCCGGCACACGAAGCGGAAGAAACGCGCAACUGGUUACUGCUAUACAUUCAGAAGCAGGAAGAGGUAGUCAAGCAGCAUCGCAAACUGUACAACGGAUUGAUGGAGGCAGAUCGCAAGCGCAAGUAUGUGCUUAAGUGGUGCCGCGCGGAGGGCCAUGUAGGCGAAAUGAGCGAUGGAGAGGAUUGGGUUGACAAAGAGGAAUGGGGGUUGACGGAAGACUUGGUCAAAGGGAAAGAGGAAGAAGAAGAAGAAGGCGUGGUGCAGGGUAAGAAGACGAGGGCAAGGAGAAGGGACCAGGAGAAGUAAGUGCCGGACUGGCGUUUGGGGAGUCUAUGGUUGUUGAAAGCAAGGAGAAUCAGGUGUUUUUGGAGAAAGAGGGCGUUGUUCUGACGGCAUUUGCGAAGUUCUGGAUCUGGAGGCCCGCUGCGUCUUUGCAGAAUGGCAAAAGUCCAUAUGUGGUCUACCUAUUAUAGGGUAAGUGGUCAGAAUUUUGGGAGGCCGAGGCGUGAUUAUAUAGGACUCUCGCUGCAUUUCUUGCACCCUACCAUACCCACGCGGGUUCAGCGCAGAAUUGGAAUCGUUUUUGG